AGAUCGGACGGCUUUUGGUUGUUAGGGCUGGUUAUCUUCUGGUGGCUGUAAUCCACGAGUACUGAUGCGGAUGCCUCAACGGUGCUCCACGUGUAAACCGUUUUUAGUAUUUUCAUUCACCACACAUACGUCGUCGUUUAAUACUAACAUAAACGCAUGAGAGAAAAGCAAUGUCGUUUGCAAGAACGAUAAGCAUAAACGGCUUGUCGCAUAUGAAAUCUCAGGUCUCUCCCGCCAAAACGAGAGGAGUUUCAACAAGCACUUGAAUAACUCUAGCAGUAGCAGGGAUAGAAAGACGGGACGGCCCCUUUUUUAUCUAUUGCCAUCAUGUACGGAGGUCAUGGAGAGAGCACAAGCGCGAAGAAGCACCGCCGUGGGAUGAACGAAACAAGCGACAGUAUGGAUAUCCUGGCUGCUUACUUCCCUUCGAACGAUUUUGCAGCUGACGAUGACAAGCUUAUGCUCACAUCUGACCUCGUCCACUUCUUCUACACAUCUUCGGGUCAAGAUCUCGCUUCUCAGGUAAAGGAAGAGAAUGGGUUCUUCUUUUUGCCAAUUGACUUUCAACAAUUUCGAAAGAUGUGUGAGGUUGAGGAAUUUUUUGUAACUUUAGAGGAGAAACCUAAAGUAGCUCUCUCUUGCAUGGGUGCCGCAGUUCACAAGGUACUUUUGACUAAAUGGGAGAAUAUUUUAGAGGAUGGGACAAAGAUAAACAUCCGUCUUCACAACUACCCCGAAUCAAUGAUUGCUCUUAAAAACCUAAAAGCAGCAUAUAUUGAUAAGCUUGUAUCUGUGCGAGGGACUGUGGUGAAAGUUAGCACUGUUAGGCCUUUGGUUGUACAGAUGAGUUUUGAUUGUGAAAAGUGUAAAUCCACUAUCAUACGUGUACUUCCUGAUGGAAAAUAUUCACCGCCAACCAUUUGUAACUUGAAUGGAUGCAAGAGCAGGACUUUUCACCCUAUUCGAUCUUCUGCCAAAGGAAUAGAUUUUCAGAAAAUAAGGAUACAGGAGUUACUAAAGUCUGAAGAUCAUGAAGAAGGGCGGGUUCCUCGAACAGUGGAAUGUGAACUAACUGAAGAUCUUGUUGAUGCAUGCAUCCCUGGAGAUGUGGUGACUGUUACUGGAAUCAUAAGAACCAUUAAUAAUUAUGUGGAUAUUGGAGGAGGAAAAUCAAAAGGCAAACAUCAAGGAUUUUACUAUCUAUAUCUAGAAGUGGUUUCCAUAAAAAAUUCCAAGUCCCAAUCUGCAUCUUAUGAUUUGCAAGAUUCCAAGCCUAAUGCUAGAGCAACGGAGCUGUCUGAUUUGUACUCAUUCUCGCCCAGGGAUUUGGAUUUUAUUAUAAAGUUCUCGGAAGAAUAUGGUUCAGAUAUCUUCCGGCAAAUAAUUCAAUCCAUAUGUCCCUCAAUUUAUGGACAUGAACUUGUUAAAGCGGGUAUAACAUUAGCACUGUUUGGAGGUGUACGCAAACAUUCAACAGAUCAAAAUAAGGUCCCUGUUAGAGGAGAUAUCCAUGUCAUAAUCGUAGGUGAUCCUGGACUAGGCAAGAGUCAAUUACUGCAAGCAGCGGCUGCUGUCUCUCCACGUGGCAUUUAUGUGUGCGGCAAUGCUACCACCAAUGCUGGCCUCACUGUUGCAGUAGUGAAGGAUUCUAUGACAAGUGACUAUGCAUUUGAGGCUGGUGCAAUGGUACUAGCAGACAGUGGACUGUGUUGCAUCGAUGAAUUUGAUAAAAUGUCUGCAGAACAUCAGGCUCUUUUGGAAGCCAUGGAGCAACAAUGUGUCUCUGUUGCAAAGGCUGGCCUGCUAGCAAGUCUGUCGGCACGAACUUCUGUUUUAGCAGCAGCAAACCCUGUUGGUGGUCAUUACAACCGAGCAAAGACAGUGAAUGAGAACCUAAAAAUGAGUGCUGCUCUCCUCUCACGAUUCGAUUUGGUUUUCAUAUUACUUGAUAAACCUGACAAAGUAUUGGAUAAACAAGUCUCAGACCAUAUCAUGUCGCUUCAUGCUGGAUAUGCGGAACAUGCACCAGCAACAAAAAGGCUACGGAUAGGAUCACAAAUCAACAGGAACAUAGAUAUGAAUGUACGAAGUGGUUCUUUAAUUUCAAGGCUGAGACUUGAGCCAAAGAAGGAUUCUGAUUUUGCUCCUCUGCCUGGUCCACUUCUUCGAAAGUAUAUUGCUUAUGCAAGAACUUAUGUCUUUCCUAGGAUGUCAAAACCAGCUGCAGAAAUCCUGCAGAAGUUCUAUUUACAGCUUAGAGAUCAUAAUACAUCAGCUGAUGGUACACCAAUAACAGCAAGGCAACUAGAAAGUCUGGUGAGGCUUGCUGAAGCUCGAGCUCGUCUAGAGUUGAGAGAAGAAAUAACAGAGCAAGAUGCAAUGGAUGUGGUUGAAAUCAUGAAAGAGUCCCUGUACGAUAAGUAUGUUGAUGAGCAUGGUGUCGUGGAUUUUGGUCGGAGUGGUGGAAUGAGCCAACAGAAAGAAGCAAAACGGUUCCUGAGUGCCCUCAAUAAGCAGUCAGAGUUGCAGCAGAAAGAUACUUUUUCUAUUUCUGAAAUAUACAGUUUGGCAGAUAGGAUUGGCCUAAGAGUUCCAGAUAUUGACACUUUUGUGGACAACUUAAACAGUGUUGGUUAUCUACUCAAGAAGGGACCAAAAAAAUAUCAGGUCCUAACAUCAUCAUAUACACGAAGUCAAUCAUCAACCUUAAGGGGUUAAGGUUCUUCAGUGCACUGGAAAAUUUAUGUUCUCUGUUGGCAUUAUUUCUUUAGAUAUCCCAUCAAUCUGUGCACAGAGCAUUGUAAUUGGCUUCAACAAGCCCACAGAACUCCAUAGGUAUACAUUUCCGGGUUUAUGCCUUGCCCAUUGCCCAUCAGGAUAAGUAACAUGAAUUUGUAUUCAGUCGAUGUUUAACAUGAAUCAGCUCUGAAUUUUAUUCUCC